GAGUAAAUAAAGUGAAGAGAUGAUAGUGAAAGCAGUUGUGCUGCUGUGCUGUGCUCUGGGCAUCAGCACAUUUCCCAUGGAAGAACCGGAAGAUGGAGGCAAGCACUGGGUGGUGAUUGUGGCAGGUUCGAAUGGCUGGUACAACUAUCGACACCAGGCAGAUGUGUGCCACGCAUACCAGAUUGUACACCGAAAUGGAAUUCCAGAUGAACAGAUCAUUGUCAUGAUGUAUGAUGACAUUGCUGAUAAUGAUGAAAAUCCAACAAAAGGCAUUGUCAUCAAUAGACCUAAUGGCUCAGAUGUGUAUGCUGGAGUGCCCAAGGAUUAUACAAAGGAGGAUGUCACUCCAAAGAAUUUCCUUGCUAUUCUCAGAGGAGAUGCAGAGGCGAUGAAGGGGGUGGGAUCAGGAAAAGUAUUGAAAAGUGGCCCCAAGGAUCAUGUCUUUGUUUAUUUCACUGACCAUGGAGCUCCAGGACUUCUGGCUUUUCCUGAAGACGAUCUUCAUGUGAAGGACUUGAAUAAGACUAUUUGGUACAUGUAUCGUCACAGAAAAUACCGGAAGAUGGUGUUUUACAUUGAAGCCUGCGAGUCUGGAUCUAUGAUGAAUCAUUUGCCUGAUAAUAUAAAUGUUUAUGCAACAACAGCUGCCAAUCCCAAAGAGUCAUCUUAUGCAUGUUACUAUGAUGAAGAAAGGCAGACUUAUCUUGGGGACUGGUACAGUGUGAAUUGGAUGGAAGAUUCAGAUAUGGAGGAUCUAAGAAAAGAAACACUCCACAAGCAGUUUCAGCUGGUGAAGAAACGCACCAACACCAGCCAUGUGAUGCAGUAUGGAAACAGGAGCAUCUCCUCCAUGAAAGUGAUGCAGUUUCAGGGAUUGGGUAAGAAAGCUGUCCCAAUUUCUCUGCCACCUGUAGAACACUAUGACCUGACACCCAGUCCUGAUGUGCCUCUUGCAAUCAUGAAACGAAAGCUGAUGGCUACCAAUAACAUUCAUGAGGCUAAGAAGAUUGCUGCAGCAAUAAAGACACACCUGGAAGUGAAAGAAUUUAUCCAAGAAUCCAUGAGAAAGAUCAUCACCUUAGUAACAGGAUCAAAGGAACAGACUGACCAAAUUCUGUCAGACAGACUGACCAUCAGCAAUUAUGACUGCUACCAGUCAGCAGUGAACUACUUCAAAGCCCAUUGCUUCAACUGGCACUUGUUCUUGUAUGAGUAUGCACUGAGACAGCUGUAUGCUUUGGUCAACGUCUGUGAAGGAGGAUACUCCAUUGACAGAAUACGCCUGGCCAUGGAUCAAGUGUGCCUUGGGUAUUGAUGGAAACAGCAGUCUUAAUGUAACCCUUACUACAACUGAUAACUUCUCAUAACUGUAAUAAUCCAGACUUUACAUGCAUGCAACAUCAAGAGAGUCAGCCACUGCAUUGGAGCUGUGCUGGAGCUGAGGCUCCUGACCAUGAGCAGCACAGCAUUUGGCAGUGCUCUUCCCUGCGUCCCCACCUGCUGACAGCCUGCUGGUUUGACAGAUGCAUU